AUGGAUAUUCGAGGGGAAAGCGGGUUUUCUGAAUUUUUGUCAGUUUAUGAUUACAUAAAAUUAUUAUCAAAAAAACCAAAGAGGAAUGUUGAAUUGCCAGAAGGUUGGCGUGAUGUUAUUGAAGAGUAUUUUAAGGAAACGACCGAAAGUGGGUCGAUAAAAAGUAUAUCUGACUGGAUCCGUAUUACAGAAGAGUUGGGAGUU